ACCUCCUCGUCGACACCACAACUAUUCGAGUGUUUCUGUACUUUGCAUUAAAGCGACACAGCAGUUAAUACAUUUCGCAAAACACGAUAAGUUUGGGUAAGAAGAACACCAAGGCGGUUGAUGGUGGGCCCACCCCCCACGCACUCGCACUCCGGUCGGAGAGAGAGGGAGGGUCAACAUGGCGUCUGAGCAGGAGAGCGCCAACGGGCCGGUGAAGAAGUCCAUGCGGGAGAAGGCCAUCGAGAGACGCGGCGCCAACAAGGAACACAACAGCAACUUCAAAGCGGGCUACGUGCCAAUCGAGGAGGAGCGCCUGCAUAAGACGGGUCUUCGCGGGCGCAAGGGCAACAUGGCCGUGUGCGUCAUCGUGCUCCUCUUCCUCCUCGCUUUGAUUAACCUCAUCAUCACUCUGGUCAUAUGGACGGUGAUCCGCAUCGGUCCAAACGGAUGCGACAGCAUGGAAUUCCACGAAUCGGGUCUUCUGCGCUUCAAGCAGAAGGCCGACAUGGGCGUGGUUCACCCGCUGCACAAAAGCACUGUCGGGGGUCGCAAAGACCAAGACCUGCUCAUCGUUGGCAACAAUAACCCGGUGGUGUUCCAGCAGGGCACCUCCAAGCUGAGCAUGGAAAAGGAUAAGACGUCGGUGGUCAGCGACACCGGGAUAUCAUUCACAGACCCCCGCACCCAGACCACUUUUUUCAGCACUGACUACGACAAUCACGAGUUCCACCUGCCCCAAGGUGUCAAGGUGCUCAGUGUCAAGAAGGCCUCCACCGAAAGGAUCACCAGCAAUGCCGCGUCGGACCUGAACAUCCGCGGGGACGGCAAGGCCAUCAUACGCGGCAACGAGGGCGUCAACAUCAUGGGCCGCACCGUCGAGUUCCGAAUGGGCGGCGACAUUGAGCUCAGAGCCGAGAACAGCAUCGUGCUGAACGGCUCGGUCAUGUUCAACGCCACGCGCAUCCCCAACUCGGCGGGCGACAUCUACUUCGACGAGGGCGUGGAGCGCUACAAGCUGUGCAUGUGCGCCGACGGCACGCUGUUCCGCGUGCAGGUCAAGUAUCCCAACAUGGGCUGCCAGACCUCAGACAACCCGUGCCGAAACACCCACCAAGGACUGUAACCCCCAACCCCUGCCUCCCUAUCACAAAAAGAAGGAAAAAAAAACUGUAUUCAUGGAUUACAUGAUCACAGGCGUUUGGAAGAUGCAGUGUUUUGUUUUACCAUCCAGUAUUUUUAUUAUUAUUAUUUAUAUCCUUGAGGGUUGCACAGGGAAUUAUUUGGCAGCUGUGUGUGCGUGUGUGUGACGUGUUUACUGACCACUAAGUGAUUAGUAGGAUUUAUGCACUGCAGUCAUGCUCAAAGCUCUCAAGCUGUCAAUCAUUACAUUGGCUUCACAAGAAGAGUUUCAUCUAGAAAAGAUAGAUUGUGCUUUACACUCGCCAGACAUCUGUACAAUCUAAUAAGCUCAUAUGAUCAAAAUGUUGUACACGGCUCUCACAGGUUUGAUGCGGUUAAUUGAUAUCGUUCAAUUCACCCUCCUGUUAUACUGCGGGUCAAAUUUAUCCGUUAAAAAGAAAAA